CUCAUCUUUAUUCCUGUUCCAAUCGGGAAUGGGAAUACUAUAUAAGGAGACAACUUUCAUGAUUCAUUCUAUUCAUUUUUCUUCUACUUUUUAUCAGGAACUGAGCGAUCACUGCGAGAUGGGGAUUAGGCAAGUUUGGGCGUGUAAUCUCAUGGAAGAACUACAAAAAAUGGAUGCGGCGUUGCACCACCACAAGGUGGUUUCCAUGGAUUCGGAGUUCCCUGGAUUUCUUCGGAAAACCCCUCGCCGGUCUGAUGAGUUAUCGGCAUUCGCUGAUAUGAAGUUCAACGUUGAUAACAUGAAAAUUAUCCAACUGGGUAUUACACUUUCUGAUGAGAAUGGAAUUAUUGCUGGAACUUGGGAGUUUAAUUUCAAGUUCUUGAUAGAAACGGAGGUUUUUUAUGAUCCCAAGUCCAUUGAGUUUCUAAAGGAAAGUGGAAUUGAUUUUGAGGAGCUGAGGAUUAAUGGGAUCGACCAGCUGUUUUUCUCAAACAUGUUCACUUAUGUUUUAAGCAGACAUAGAGACUUGAAGUGGCUAACUUUUCAUGGGCUAUAUGACUUGGCCUACAUGGUGAAGCUGGUUACCAAGAAACCACUGCCCGUAUCUAUGUUGGAUUUCACUGAGAUUAUUGCCACGGUAUUUGGGUGCUGUGUGUUGGAUGUCAAGUACAUGGCACGAUUCUACGAUGACCUGCACUGGGGUGAGCUUGGAUUGGAGAAAUUGGCUAAGAUUCUAGGAGUCAAGCGAGUUGGAGGGUCUCAUCAAGCAGGAUCUGAUAGUCUAUUAACAGCUCGUGUGUUCGCCAGGAUGAAGACGAUGUAUGGGAUAGAGGAAUCUAGAUUUGUGGGGUUCUUGUAUGGCGUCACCACUAGGAUUUGCGAACCAGUGAGUACGCAAGUCCUUCCUACUUUUCCUCGCGCUGUGAACCAGGGAUUCCUCAGCUAUGUCAAGUGCUCCCAGCUUCUCGCUAUUGUCGGCCAAUGAUUCAUGGUGUCUUCCUCUAUCCACCAAUCAUUCAGCAUCAGUACAGGGUUCUGUAGAUUCCUUAUACAAGGAUGUGGUCUUUUCUUCAAGUAACUAUAUGUUAUUUAGGAUUUUGUUGUAGAUUUCCUUUAUAUAUUUUUAUCAUAGCACAUAUAUGAUUGAAACGAUUAUAAGCACAAUAAACAAAAAUUCUUAUCAAGUAAUAAAUAUAACAUAUUGGCAUGUGUAAA